GACCUGACAAUUAAACUCUCAGAAGAGCAAGAAGUCAAGCAGAUAGAGCCUAAACAACAAACAGGAGAAGAAAAAGAAGAAGAAGAAGAAGCAGUAGAAAUAGAAGAAAAAAUAGGAGGAGAAUGAGGACAUUUCAGAUCCAGAAUCAGAUCCAGUCUUUGCCGCGCGGAUCCUCCAGCAGCGCGCGGAGUGUGAGCGGCAGCAGCGGCGACAUGAGUCCCCUCAGCACGGCGGGCUUCAUCACCCUCACAGCCCUCCUCAUCCUCAGCGUCCCCGUCUGCACAGGUCAGACACACACAGCUUUAUUUCCACUAUCUAUCUAUCUAUCUAUCUAUCUAUCUAUCUAUCUAUCUAUCUAUCUAUCUAUCUAUCUAUGUCUGUCUGUCUGUCUGUAUGUCUGUCUUUUAUAUUUACUUUUGUCAAGUUUGCUCUCCUGGGACACUCAAUGAGAAUUAUAAAUAGCUAAAUAUAUAUUUUUAAUUUUGUAACGUUUUUUCAUUUCUAAAUAUCAUUCUACAUAUAUAUAAACUUGAUUAGUACAACUGUUUGUGUGUGGACACUAAAAUGACGACAAUAUGAGUCAGUUUUUGUGUUUGCACUGCUUAACAGAUGUUGGUUUUGUUUGAGGGCACCAGAACAUUUGGGCUCCGAUUAGAAAGGGAAAUAAAAACCACCCAUCAGGGGUAGAAAAAAAUAGACAUAACUAUCAGGGGAAAAAUUUGAGCAAUUCAGCAGGUGGAGUUACAAAACAAGACAUGAAAAUGAAAAAUAACCUUGCACAACAAAUCAUAAAACUCUGAAAACGCAUACCAUUCUCUUAUUAUUAUUACUGUCGAUGUAAUACCAAGAUAAUAUUGUGCUUUUGCAUGAAUGAGUUUAUGGAUAGCAAUCCAGUAACAAUCCAGAACAACAGGUUAUCCAGGCAUUGCACAUCAGUAAUAUAAACACUACAAACGUACUCUAACACUCCAAAAGGGUUUUAAAUUUAAUAAAAACAAACUCAAACGUUUAUUUAAAUGUGUAAAUGACAACAUUAGCUUUUGAAGAAGCUUUUGCAUCCUCUUUAAAACAAAAUGAACUCAUAUGAAAACAGCAUUUUUACAAAUUACAAAAUACUAGGGGUGGAUAGAAUUGAGGAGAGCUUAUGAGUGUUAUAAAAAGAUAGAGGUAACAAUAUAUAGUGAAUGAGAGAAAAGUCGUAUAAUACCUAAGGAAACAUUUCAAAAUUAGGGUAAAAAUGACUUAUGUUUCAGUUUGAGUUGUGAUUAUUUAAUGCAUGAAUUUAUAAUGUAUUAUUAACUUUUGUUUUAAGUAUCAUAAAGUCACUCAUACUUCAUUCAGUGACUUCUCCUUUAUUGUAUCAUUAAGCCAAAAUGAACAGUUAGGUGGUAUGGAGCACAAUAACUGGACACGAGUCUCUUAUCGGUUUAUUUGAUUAGCCUCUCUGAAUGAACAUCAAUACUUGUGUCAAUGUAGAUUCAUAUUUUUCUAUGAUCAAUACUGCAAACACAAGCUAAUAUUAAUUGAAGAGCAGACCAAUUGAUUAUUUUUUUCUUAUAUAACAAUGAUAAUCUUGUGCAGUCACAUGGAAACAGUUUCAUGGGUUUUUACUUUAGUGGUAAAAUAAAAUAAAGACAAAAGCAGGUUAUGUGGAUUAUAACAGCAGAGGGGAAAGAGAUCCUAAAUGAUAGCAAAUAAAGAGGCAAAAAAUACUAAAAUGAAAGCAUUGAAAAUUCUAAGAGGAAAAAGAAAUGACAAGGUGAAUGGAUAACACCAGCAAUAGUAAUAAUAUGCUUAUGAAUUAACCAGUUAAAUUCAGUUUAUGUGCUCUACACCAACUUAAGCAUUAAAAAUAACAAUGACUUAAAGUUCCUAAACUGAUGUAAUCCAUUUUGAGCAACGUGAGUUAAUGAGACAUCUGAUAUUAAUUUAUGGAUUUAAUAGCUGAUUCACUCAUUACUUCAGCAUCAGGGAAGUGUGAAAUUUGUUCCCUCAUUGGAAAGUGUUAAUUACUUAAAUCAACAUAAUACAGACAUAAAUCAAAGGUAGGCUCCCUAAUUUACAUCAUAUACUACAUUUAGCACAAUUCAAUGGACAUUUACAAAAAUACAUAGAGUAUAAUACACUAUAAACUCUGGUUUAUAUUAAGAGCAGAUCCACUGCACACAAUACUUCAGAAUUAGAGACGUUAACACACACAUAUAUAUAUUAAGUACAAUAGGCAAAUAGUGAAAUUUGUACCUUUUUAUGAAUUGACCGAAAAAGCAAGAGAAGUGCAAUCCGUUGCAGGUUUGUAAAUGUCAUCAUUUGUGGAGCAUAUCUAAUCUCCAGAAUUAAAUCACUUUAAAACUUUCAGAAUAUAAAGUUAAGAUACUUUUCUGAGAUGAUUGUUAAUGCUACAUGUUUCUAAAUUCUGUUCAGUUUGGUUUUAUGACAAAAAGGAUUGAUAUGCCACAGAUUUGGUGUCAACCCAGUCAUAUAGCCCAAGAUUUGGCAUGAGAGCAUGUUUGUAUAUUUAAUUCAUUGUGUAAUAACAUUUGGUAUAUCAGGACACACUUAGUAUUUGUUCUGAUUGUAGGCUUAUCAAUAAAUCUACAUGUAUGCUCCAGAUGUGAUCCAGAUACUCACUGGAUUUUCUGAAAGAAAAAAAUCUCUGGAUUUGGGGUUUGGUGCAGUAAUCAUUUACCCAUAUGCCUGUCUGAACAGAUUUAUGAUUUUAGCAGCUUUUGAAAAGACUGAACAGAGUCUUUGAGACAAUAAGACACAGGGAGAGCGUUUCAAAGGUGGUGCUAUUUCUAUAAAAGUACCAUCAGCUCCAAUCUAAAGGUGUGUCAGGGGGAAAGACAAUAUAGGUGAAGGGUGUGCGGUUGAUGCCGAAUCAAAACAAAUGAAUUUCAGUGCACGCAGUCAGAGAAAAUCAGGCUGAAGGCUCUCUGCUCCACAGGAUUAUGUGUUUUGAGGAGCUUAUAUACUGGGGACUUUGAAUCAUACAGGUGAAGAGUAACAUCCAAAAGACCUGAAGGUCUAUUUCCAUAAGUAGUGUUCAGUCUGAUGGAAAAUACUGUUUAUCUUCCUAGUGCACGUGUGUUUUCACUGGGGUUGCCUGCAGCCACUUCUGUGUUAGGGCUUUUGCUUUGAUAAAAGCUUCAAAAGUUAACUAUCAUUAUCAGUAGAUAGGAAAAUACUUGCUGAUAUAGUUAUCGGCCACAAAAGCCAGGCAUUAACCAAUUAUGUUCACAUAAUGACAGCUUGCACAUGCAAAUUUGUCGGCUGCAUGAAAGCAUUUUGAAGCACCAGAAACAGACGGCAGACAUGUUACUGAGCAUAUAGAUUAUAAAAAGAGAAACACUUACCACCCAAUCACCAGAAUCAAAUGUUGUCUGUCUUGUUUUGAGUCUGUAAAGAAAAUAGAAUUUAAAUGUAUGACUAACAGGUUAAUUCUCAUACAAGAGAAAACUACACAGAGUCCUCUUUGCCAUGAAAAAAGGGUGAAGAGUGGUAUUGGUGUCAGCUACAAUGAGUUUGAAAAUAUUGGCACAUCAGGUCUAACAGAAAUCCAAUGCAGUGCAUCAGUGUUUCUGCUGAUCCUAAAAUAAAAACCCUAAACCUAAUUCAAAAUUUAUUUCAUUAAAAUUUUACUUUGUUUAAUGUCCCAAUUACAACUUUUAUGAAUUUCUUGGUUUUAUUUUUAUUUGCUUUAUUUUAUUGUAUUUAUUGUAUUUAUUAAAUUUUUAUUUUUUAUUUUAUUUCAUAAUUUUUUAAUAAUUGUGUUACCUUGUAUUAUAUUAUUUUCAUUUUUUAAAAAUAUUUUUUCAAUAAUAUAUAUUUUUUAACUUUUUAUUAUAUUGUAUGGAUUUAAUUUUAAAUUCCUUUUUAUUUAAUUAAAUUUCUUUUGAUAGAUUUUAUUUUGGAUAUUGAAGGUCAAGACUUAUUUUCACUAGGGAGAGAUCUUAAAUCUUGGAUUGGACAUGUCCACUUACCAGAUGAGCACUUUCUUACAUGGUGUCCAAUCUUUUUUUUUUUUUUUUGCGAAUUGUAUUUUUUGCACUUAGUCAAUCGGUAUGAUAUGGCAAAAGUUCAUCACAUAAACAUUCACAACUUUGACUAGCUCAAAAUUACAGAGAAGAGAUGGUGAGAACAUUAUGAGGUGACUUUCAAGCUUGUUAGAUAAGCCAUGCCUGUGUUAACACCUUUUUGUCGUGUUGUGCAAAAGUUGUGCUAAUGUUUCUCUUUUUUUGGAUUGAAAAAUUCUACUUUUAAAAGAGUGCAGCCACUAAGUUCAUAAGCCAGAGGAUCAUGUAAUUCACCCAUCCAUCACCACCACUCUUCUCUCAGAAUCUCAGACUUAAUUGCUGUCAAAAACUGGCAGAAAUCAGCAGCUGAGCUCCUGCAUCCUCUGACACCAAGUGUCCACUCUCUUACAUGAGAUCUGUUUGGAUGUGGACUGUCCAUCACAUUUUAUAGGGAUGUCAAAAAGGCUCAAAAGAUUCAAGACUCAGAGUGACACUGAUGCUGUCGACUCAUUUUUGCAGGAACAUCUUAAAAAUAGAAGAAUGGCUGAAACAUAUUUUUGAAUUGUGACUACAUAUAGGACAACUGUCUGCUUGUUUUAUACGGAUAAUAAACAUCCACUGCAGUUAUGUGGAAACAGAGGGCCACCAUAACAACAACUACAGCAGAGCACAGAUGUACUGUAAAAUUUCUGAUAUUCAAACCUUGUUUUUGUGUAUUUCUGAUCUUGUCUGACACAAGGCGCUCCAGUAGAACUUCAUCAAGCCACAACAGACCAGAGGCAGCUCCUCAGCCAGGUAUGCUGCUCCCCAUUCAUGUGUUUCUCUUUUCCUCCAGAGAGUGUGUGUGUAUGUAUGUGUGUGUAUAAAUGUUUCAUCACAUUAUCGUCCUGUGUGCUGUUUUCAGAUAGGCACCGUGUGCUCGUCCUACCUCUCUGCAGACCUGAGGAUGUGGGUGAGUGAGCUGUCUUUAUUUCUGUCCGUCUGUCUGAAGUUUCUUCAUGUAUAAUUUAUACAAACAGCUGCUCUUCUCAUUUCAGGCCUCUGAUGUGUUGGGAGAGCUGUGUGUGUUGAUGCUGGUGCAGAAGUCAAAGGUGGGUCAAACUGUUUAUGUUUAGAAAACCUGGAUUAUUAAACAGUUUCGUCAAAUGUUAAGUGUUUAAUGAGUGAUGUUUUGUUGUCUUCUCAGGAGCUGAAAGUGCGAGAAAGUAGUAAAAGAGUGAGUAAGACUUCAUAUUUUCCUGAAAUAAAUUGUUUUAUUUCACUAAAUUUAAUAAAAGUCCCGUGUAGCACAAUAAUGCAUAAACCACCAGAGAAGUAUGUUUAAAGGAGAUCUAUUAACUUAUCAUUUUUCAUUGUGUCAGUCAAGAACAUCUAUAGAGAAGCUUUGCAUUACUUGCAGCUCCAAAAACCUCAUGUUGAUCUCAUACUAGUGACUGUGAACCAAACAAACAAACCAAACAAAACCAAAAAUCAGAAUGCAUAAUCCAACCUUAGGAUGCAUACACCAACACUCAUACAUAUUAUAACCCAGAAAGAGGGGUACAUGUAUAUACUGUAUAUACACCCUUUAUCAGGCCAGAAAAUAUAUCCAGUGAUAACGCCAACAUCUGUGUACAUCAUUACUCUGAAACUUUGCUAAGGUUAAAUAUGGACUUUCAACAUUGUAACAUCAGAUGUAAGUAUUAAAAUUUGACUCAGCAGGAGCUUAUAUCCCCUUAUACCAACCUGAGUUGGCCCUCAUCUGUGGCCCCUCUCUUCUAGAUUACUUCUAGAUCCUCUAAAAUGGAGGUCACAAAGCCCCUCAUAAAUCCCCUUUAAUCUCAAAGGCAUUGUGAUGAGUUCCUCACUGAUUGAGAUACUGAAAUUAAGACUUAUGUUUCUAUACGACCUUCAAAAGCAAAUAACACCAAUGAGACAACUGAUAAUAUUUUUGUUGUAAGUUUUGCGCACUGAAAGCAAAUACUCUUAGUAAGUGAUUCAUCUCUUGAUUUAAAGAAUACAGUAUUAGAUUUUUGUGUGAAAACACUACUUCCAGCUGCACAUAACAGGAGAAAAAAGUGUCAAGUAGCACCAAAUCCAACAUUAACUAAAAGUUACAUACAUGAGCUUUAAAUGAUAGAUCAGCCCAACAGAUCUCCCUCAAUUCUCCAAGGACUAAAUAAAAGAUAUUUGUUGGACGUUACAAUUUAAAUACUUAAAUCAAAUGUUAAACAGUUUGCAAGAUUCAAGGUGUGAUUGUACCCAGACUGAUUUUUCUCCUGGUUUCCUAUCUAUUUUAGAAUUUCAUUUUCUCGCCACUAUUUUCAUUGUACUUUUAAAAAUAUUGACACACUUACAGACACAUUGAGCUGUGCGACAGAACAGUUUGGGAAACAAACAAACAAUGGCCACAUAAAUUACAUUACUCACCAAGAUUCCCUAUACAAGACAUACAGCAUAAUAACAGUCGAGUUAUUGCAGCAUUUGUGCAAAGAGAAAAAAACACUCAACACAUUACAAAUGCAACAGACAGUGAAACAGCUCUUCAGAUCUGAAAAAUAGACUAUCUGGCUACACGUAUGCUCAGAAAGCAAAAUAUGGAAAUGGAGAAUGCCUUUCCUUUCACUCCAAAGUACAACCUUUUCAGUUUUUCAGUGCUUAAGUCAUUUAUCUCCUUUAGUGCACAGUUUGUAAGUCUUUUAAUAGAAUGUGUAAAGAAGGGCAUCCAAAUACCAGUCUUAAUCUAUACAUUUGAUAAUCCAUUGGUAUCAUCUUUUUAAAUAAAAGUGAAAACCCUUCUACACAGUUACGAGUAGUUGUUGAAAGAACUUGCUUAUUUCUACAAAGAAAACGUCCAGCAGCCUUUUUGACAGCAAAAAAUUGGAAUUUUAACAUACAUGUAUGUUUUACCUCUGAUAAGGUAUAUAGUCAGUCAUGGUCCAGGAUUUUAUGGUCUGCUUUCAUGAUGAACAUGGGCCACAUCUGGCCAUCUCUCUAGACACACCCCUGCCAGUUUUACAAAAUUGGAUUUGCAUCUUUUACAGCCUCUUCAAAAUGCAUUUUAGUCCAGAUUUAGUCAGAGGAACUCAGUUUUCAUUUUGGUCUUGUUUUAGUCAGUGUCAGUUUUUGUCUAUAAUUUUAGUCACAUCUUUGUCAGACUGUGUUAUGAUCAUUUUCAAAGACAGACAUUUUUCCUGGUUUUAAAAAAAUAAGUGUGAAGAAAGGAUACCUCACUAUGUUUGGUCAUCUUGACUUAAAAUGUGUUUCUAACUUGUACUUCCUUAUGUCAUAGACAGAAACUGAAUGCCUGAAAGUGGAUUUAAAAUGUGUAACACUUCAAAAACACAAAUUUCCUCUUCACUACACAGGGCUCCAUUUAACAGAACAACUCCAUUAAUGUUUGCUGAAUGAGUCUGGGUCUGAACAAGUUAUAAAUCAGAUUUUGGAAGGAAGAAGUGGACGUGCUCGUGCAGGGCCAUAUUUUUUAAUGGGAUUACCUUUAGCAGUUAAAAAUGUUACAUUCAUCUGGUUGUUGCAAGUAAACCUUUGGAAAGAUAAAAAACUUUGGUUUAUGAGCAUUAAAAGAUUUAAAUUCAGAAUAGUUGUUUUAAAAAUAAUAAAGAUGUCUGAAGCUCCUGCACUACUUUUAUAACAAAGGAAGCGUGGAGACACCUUUAGUGAUCUUAUGAAAUUUAGGUUUGUGGCCCUGAGCAUUAAUGCACUGAGUUUUAUCUGUAAAUUAUUUCCGAACCAACAAAACACCCACAAACAAUGUGCUGAUCAAGCUGAUCUACCAACAGCACCCAAUGAGCAACUUUCAAACAUGCAGAACAGCAUGCCUUUCCAUUUAGUACAUUUGCUUCAAUGGAUAUGUAAUAUGAGGCGUUUCAGCCCUAGAAAAUGCAGAGGAGUUAUUUUAAGCAUACACUUUGAGAUUUACUAAAGCUGAAAAUAGUGCCCGUUUUUUCUACUGCUGUAAAUUUUACACCUUUGACAAGAAGGUGCAAAUCUAGGAGCCCUGGAGAAGACAGGACAACAGACACACACCUGUCUGUUUCUGAAAUUUCUAAUGAGCUGUUUUGAGAUUUAAAAAUAUAUAUAUUUAUCUAAUAGUCUUUAACUUCAAGAUUUAAAAUACAAAUUUAUGUUUAUGUUUUCUUAUUUUCCCCUGUUUGCAAAUGUUAGCUGGGAUUUUUUUCUUUUAUUAGUACUUCUUGUUUGACUUGAUUUCACUUGGCACCUGCUGUUUGUCCACUCUCUGUCUACUUUUUCUCCAUGGCAUAAACCAGUCAAACACAGUCAAAACCAGUCACUUCCAAAACAAACAACAACAAAAAGUGCCAUUUGAUGUGAUGCACACACAAUUUAUGUGGAUUCAACAAUUUAGUGUACACAUCAGACCUUAUGAGUAAAAAGUUCACAAUAUCUUUGAAUGCAAGCCAUUCAAAUCUCUCACAUCAGGAUUUUAGGGAGUCAGUAGACUGAAAACCUCUAUGUAUUUUUUUUAUUUCAAUGCCUCCAAAAGGGACUGAGAAAAUUUAUGAUAGCAGAAUAAUCGUCCACUCCAGAUUAAAUUUAUCAGUGAGUGACAUAAGAUGUUUGUGUCUGAAUCUUUGUUGUUGUUGUUUUUAGUAGCUGUUCUCCAAAAUCCUGGGGGAGUUUUUUUUUUCCAGAGAACGUAAAAAUGACCAGAAAUGAUGUUUAUUAUACAAACCCAAAUUAAAACCAUCUUUUGAGUCUGGCUUUUAUGGAGAAGUGUAUACAUGUCUGUAUUUAUUGUUCAUACUUAUUUAUGGUCUUAUCAUGCACACAGAUCAGUUUUCUUGUUUUUUCAAACAUUUUAUAAGCUUUUAAAAUGCUGUGCUUGUUGUUUCAAGACUUCUUCAUUUUAAAGGCCCUAUAUUUUGUGCAUUUCUUUGAUAAACUCAUUUUUUAUUCAUGCAUUUUUAGAUAUGUGUUCUGUGUUAGUUCAAACAUCUAAGUGCUUUUGCUCCUGCAGCAUAGAUGAAGCAAAGAGCUGUUUCUCUGCAGCUGUGAUAAGAGUGACGGGUAUCCUCAUAAAAGCACACUCACUGCACACAAUAAGCCAUAUUUCUUUUAUGAACUAUAAUGCUGUUUUUCUAUAGUCCUCCAUCUCUGCUCUGAAAUUGAUGCAGUUUUCAAAACAGUGAUGCUGUAGCUGCAAAGAUAAAUCACUCGAAUUAAGAGCGCAUGUCUGUUCGGCUGUCUUUUGCAUGUUUGUGUUAUUUAUGUUUGUGUGUCGAGCUCCAUCUGUGUGUUUGUCACAUUCUUCUUGUUGCCUCUCAGCUCUGAACUGGUAGAUAGAGAACUUUUAAAGCAUGUAUGCACCACCCACAUCAGUCUGGUGCCCACUGUUUUUCAUUUAGACAAAGAAUCUUUCUGAUAAAGCAAAGAUGUGCAUGAAUAUAAACACUUUGUUUUCAGUCAGUUUUACAAACAUAACACGUGAAAUCUUAUUUUUUGUGACAUCUUUUUUUGCUUUCUGGUUGUAUGAAAAUGUCUCAGCUUUAACAAGAUAGAAGGUUAUUUAAAGAAAAGUUCUGCUUCCAUGAUGCGCAAAGGAAGAAAUGAUUCAUACUUUGGUGGGUUUGGAUCAGUGGUUGACACUAAAAGAUGUGAGCUCCAUCGAAACGUAUGUUUACCCCUCCUGAGCUAAGAUGUGAGUAAUUCUGUUUCGUAUCAGCCAGCUCUCCUCGCUCUGUGUACGAGCUCGCUCCACAUUAGUUGUUCUUUCUUGGGCUGAGGGUAAUUACGGUCUAAAAUUAGUGCAGCUGACAGGUAAACGUAUCCCUCGAUGCUAUCAAGCGGCUGACAUUCACAGAGUGGACACAGAGGAAUUGUGGCUGAGAGAUGAGAGAUGUUUGUUUUGGAAAAUCCAGAUGUUGGUGUUUGAGUUAGGGCAGAUGGAGGAGCAGCAGACACAGAGAAAAUGUCUAAUCAAACAAGGAGGUUGUGUUUAACAUUUUUUUCUUUGUGUGUUUGUGUAUGUUUGCAGGCUGAGCUGCAGGGCCCGGGGGGAAUCCAGAGUAGAGGUCACUUCCUCUACCGGGUAUGAAGAUCUUUACAUUCAACAUAAAUCAAAUACAGUCAUUCCCCACUGUAAUAUGAGAAGCACUUAUUUGAUUUUUGUUUCACUUACAGCCACGAAAUGGAAGACGGUCCUUAGAGUAUGAAUGAAUUACAGGUAACACUCUGGUGAUACUCCUUGUUUUCAGUGUUUAACAGAGAUGUCUCUACAAUUUCAAUAGAGGUAGACUGAUUUAAUAUCCUUUAACAUGAAUAUGGCAUAUUCUGACAUCAAAAGCAUAGCCCAAAUUAUUUCAUUUUAUUUUAUAAAGUCAGAAUCCUUCUAAAACAUGUUAAUGGCUAAGAUAACCAUGGAAUAGUGACUAUUAUUCGAUUAUUCUGCUGUAGGUACAGACUUCAGGAAUAGGAAUAUUUGCUGACAUCUAGCUCUCAGAUUCUAAACUAAAAUACUACAUGAUAAUUAUGAUUCUUCAGAAGUGUCAAGCUAUACAAAUUCUUUUCUGCACAUCAACCACUUUCCUCUUCUUCAUUGUCCUGCAGGUGCAUUAUUGCACAGCCACUUGCUAAAUACAAAACUGCACGUUUGUCCUCUCUGUGCUACUGUAGAAACAUUGUGACCUCUGUAAAAGCGGAGCAGCUGCUUAUGCAGGCUUAAAAGGCUCAGGGCGAUUAUACACUGCUUUAAACUGACUUUUUAAUGUAAUUUCUACCAAAGCUCUUCUGCUAAAUAUAACUUAAUAGUGCAGUAAUUGAGUUUCUUUGGGGGUUUUAAGUAUAACUCUUAACACAGUAACAUAAUAAAUUGAAAGCAGAUAAAAAAUGUUGUAUUUCAUUUGAUUUAACCUUUAUUUAACCAGAACAAGUACAUGUCUAUGAUGCAGUCAAAGAAAGUCAUGUGUACAUCAAGCCCAAAGCUACAGUUUUCAUACCUUUGUUUUUAUUCUCUCAUCAUGUGUGUUUUUGUUCUAUAGUCCUCUGAAGCUGAGUAUACAAGGAAGAAACCACACACACCCCGAGACCCCGAGCUGCUUCCCCAUAACCGACCAUCUGAUCUGAUCUGAUCUGAUGCGGACUCUCCCUCUGAACUCUGCCUCUGCUGUACAGUGAUGUUUGAAUGUACAAAAACACUAUAACACUGUUCAUCCGUCCACAUUUUAUUUUGUGUGCCAUUUCCAUUAAAAUUGCUCUGAUGUGGAGAGGUCUGAGGUUUAUUUGUUUCACCUCCUGAAUGUUACUGUGGUUUGUGUAAAGUAUAUAACAGCAUUGAAUAAACCAGAACAAUAUUAAACAGAUGUAUUCCAACAAUAUUUUAAUGGUUAUAAUAGGGUGAAGCAGUUGCAUUGUUUCUUGAAGUAAGACUCCUAAACAAACAGGAAAAUUAAGUUGUAGGAAAACUGAAUAAAUUGAAUAAACUGAGAUGGUUGUUUCUAAUGAUAUUAGAAUCUAGAAAUGAUAAGCCUUAUGAAAAAAUGAAACCAUUUCAUUUAGAAAAGGGAAUACAUGAAAUUCAACAACUUUCAGCAAAGGUACAAAGAACUUAAAGCUUCUGUUAAGAAUUUUCUGUUUUUGUUGAAUUUUGUGCCCCUCACUUAUUUUAUUCUGACACUGUAUAAUUCACGUUUUCUCACAACAAACGCCAUUCUGCUUCAUGAGUAUUUACUGUGGAGGAAAUACAAAUAGGGUUUCCUGCUUUGUGCCAUAAAUCCCCUCUAACAUCUGCCCUCUUACAGUUAAAGCUACUAAAGUUAUGACAAAAAUUGUCAUGGAAAGAGGUUUCAGGGUUUAUUUCAGUCUGUUCCACAACCAGUGAAAAACGUCUUGCAGGAGCCUUAUAUUCAACCAUAAAUACUGAAAUGAAACAAUGAUAUCUAAAGAGACAAGCCUUCUUGUAGCUCUCUGUUCAUGCAUUUCUGUUCCUUUGGAUCUAAGUUGGAUGAUCUCCUAUUACAUAGUUCUGAAAAUUUGUAUUCACUUUAUUUGCUUAUUCUAUGUGUGUGUGGAAACCAUGUAAAAAUGUGCUAAAAAAUAAAGCUUACUUAGUAACUUAC